AUGCCUCCAUCUCGAGGUGGCAAGCCGGCUCAGGCAGCUCGACGACCAUCCAGAUCACCUCACAGACCCACCAAGCUCCCCAGCGCUCCUCCUUCCAAGCAACAGCCAUGCCAAGUCCAGCCGAUUGUGGCCUUUUAUGCCUUCUUCUUCAGCCAUGCCGUUGCCGCUUGCUUCCACCCGAUCCAGGACUGCGAUGAGGUCUUCAACUUCUGGGAGCCAACUCACUACCUAAGCCACGGCCAUGGCUUCCAGACCUGGGAGUACUCACCGGAGUUUGCUAUCCGAUCAUGGACCUACACUUCUCUGCACGCAGUCAUCACACCACUAGCACGGCUCUUGCCGGUCGUCUCCAACACCAAGACUGCAGAGUUCUACCUACUCCGCUUCCUACUUGGCUUCUUUUGCGCCGUAUGCGAGGCACGACUCUUCAGCAAGGUCUCGCACGUCCUCAAUGGCAGGAUCGCCAUCAUGUUCCAGUUCAUCAUCACGACAUCUCCGGGCAUGUACCACGCUAGCAUCGCUUACCUGCCCAGCAGCUUCGCCAUGUACUUCGUCAUGCUAGGAACGGCAGCUUUCAUGGACUGGCGAGGUGGCCUGCGAACAGCACAGGGCAUCUUCUUCAUGGGCGUUGGUGCUUGCCUAGGCUGGCCUUUUGCUGCAGCCAUGUCAAUUUCAUACCUACUGGAGGAGCUCUUCCUCGCAUCCGUCAGCGACCUGCAAGGCCUAACGGACCUCUUCUACCGCGUUGCUGAUGGAAUCAUGCGCACUCUUGGCGUACUCUUACUGCAGACACUGGUUGAUUGGCACCUCUUCUACAGAAAGUUCGUCCUCGUGCCGCUGAACAUUGUCCUCUACAACGUCUUCAGCAGCAAAGGCCCUGAACUGUAUGGAGUGGAGCCAUGGCACUUCUACCUACGCAACCUCUUCCUCAACUUCCACAUCUGGUUACUGUUGGCGUUGGUGUCGCUUCCCCUGCUCCUGGUCCAGCACUUCUCCCGAGCCAAGGGCGCCACCAGAUCGAGCUACCUACGUGGGAUUGUCUUCUUGCUGCCUUUCUACAUCUGGCUUGGCAUCUUCACUCUGCAGCCACACAAGGAGGAGCGCUUCAUGUACCCUGCUUACCCGGCACUGGCGCUGAAUGCAGCCGUCGCAUCCCACAUCAUCCUCUCGAACCUUGGGUCUACCGAUCCAAAAGACCUCAUCAGCAAGAUUCCGGUCCAGCUGCGCUUCCUUCCCAUUCUGGCCACCGUAGUGGGCGCGAUGGCAAUAUCUGCCUUCCGCGUAGCUGGGACAAUCACAGCAUAUGGCGCACCUCUUGCAAUCUAUGCGCCAUUACAUGACACCGGCGUAGCUAAUGUCGGCGACAAUGUCUGUCUUGGCAAGGAGUGGUACCGCUUUCCAUCUCACUAUCUUCUGCCGGAGGGUGUUAAGGCCAAGUUCAUCCGAAGUGACUUCCACGGUCUCCUGCCAGGCGAGUUCUCUGAGGCUGGACGGGGCUUUGGUCUCUUCCCGGGCACACAUCUCAUCCCAGCCGGCAUGAAUGACGAGAACCAGGAGGAUCUCACCAAGUACACCGAUGUGAAGGGCUGCAGGUUCAUCGUCGAUUCUCACUUUCCGACCACUGAAGCCACGGCCCUGGAGCCAAGCUACAUACACGAUGUCGAGCACUGGGAGGAAGUGAAAUGCUUGCCAUACCUGGAUGCCGCCUCGACUGGUAUCAUUGGGCGUCUUGGCUGGGUCCCGGAUUUGCCCUUUGUGCCAGCCAAGUUCCGACGGGUCUGGGGCGACUACUGCUUGCUGAAGCGUAAGAGCUCACAGCGACAACCAGGUCGAGCUGAGAUACCCAACAAGGAGACACCCCUGUGA